AGAUCGAGACAGUUGGGGGUCACUUGCAAGUGGAGUGACUCCGGGAGCAGCUCGAGACGAGCUCCAAUCAAUGGGCGCUAGUCGACCAUCACUCACAGUCCUCGCACAUACGGGAUCCCCUUGGUGCGUGCAUUUGUCGCGUCGAGCGAUCGUUGCGGCUUCAUUGCGAGUGUUCCUGCUUGCCACCACAAGCAACGACAAUGUUGAUAAAUACAGGUCAAGGGCACCUUUGGGAGGCAGCAUCAGCGUCUGCUUUCUGCAUUUUUCAUUACCUAUAGCACUAUGGCUCCGACACUUGAGUACUAUGAUGAGGUCUCGCAUGACCUACCGAUUAAGCCUGUCGCGGCAAAGGUGAACGGCGUUCCGGCAGUCGCUGCUGUACAGCUCGAGAACUCUGAAAAGCAUGAUCUCGUUCUUCGAUACUUCCGCGCAUACAUUGCAGACCUCUGCCAACAGUUCAAUGGUGGGCAUCCAGGGUCGGCCAUGGGCAUGGCUGCCAUUGGUGUUGCACUGUACAAAUAUGUCAUGAAGUUCUCGCCCAAGAAUGGCAGCUACUUCAACCGCGAUCGAUUCGUUUUGUCCAAUGGACAUGCUUGCUUAUGGCAGUACCUGUUCAUGCAUCUUGUUGGUGUCAAAGAGAUGACAACCGACCAGCUCAAGUCAUACCACUCCGAGAAGUACGACUCUAUCUGCCCAGGCCACCCUGAAAUCGAGAACGAUGGCGUCGAAGUUACGACUGGUCCGUUGGGCCAAGGAGUUGCGAACGCUGUCGGCCUCGCAAUGGCCACAAAGCACCUCGCUGCAACAUACAACCGUGAGGGUCAUGAGGUUGUGAACAACAUGACAUGGUGCAUGAUUGGCGAUGCUUGCCUUCAGGAGGGCGUCGGCCUCGAAGCAGUGUCACUUGCUAGUCACUGGAAGCUCAACAACCUCUGCAUCAUCUACGACAACAACAACAUCACAUGCGAUGGAACCGCCGAUGUCGCCAACUCAGGAGAAGACAUGAAUGCUAAGAUGAGAGCGACCGGCUUCAACGUUAUAGACAUCCUUGACGGCCAUUCCAACGUGAGCUCGAUCGUUCACGCACUACUCUCUGUUCGCAGCAGCGACAAGCCCACAUUCAUCAACAUUCGAACAGUAAUCGGCAUCGGCUCCCAGAAAGCCGGUACACCAGCAACACACGGUGCUGCAUUGGGCUUGGACGACAUUGUGAACAUCAAGAAAAGCUCAGGCCUCAACCCGGAUGAGCACUACGUCUUGCCGGAAGAGAUGUACAGCUUCUUCGAGGAUGUGGCCUCACGCGGCAAGCAGCUCGAGGCUGACUGGUCAAACACAUUGAACGCCUAUGAGCAGAAGUACCCCGAGCUGGCGGCUGAGUUCAAACUUCGCGUUGCCGGCAAGAUGCCCAAGGACUGGACAAAGUACAUUCCCAAGAAGGAAGACUUUCCAAAGGAGCCUACCGCCACUCGCAAAUCGGCAGGUCUUGUCGGCAACCCCCUUGGCGAAAACAUGAAGAACUUCCUUGUCGGCACCGCUGAUCUCACACCUUCUUGCAACGUUGCGUACAAGAAGAAGUUCGAUUUUCAGUCACCCGAACUCCGCACUGCUUGCGGGCUGGAUGGUGACUACACCGGGCGCUACAUCCAUUACGGUAUCCGCGAACAUGCCAUGUGCGCCAUUUCCAACGGUCUUGUGGCAUUCAACAGGGGCACGUUUCUACCCAUCACUAGCUCUUUCUUCAUGUUCUACCUGUAUGCUGCACCAGCUGUACGUAUGGGUGCCCUCCAAGGACUGCAACAGAUCCACAUUGCGACACACGACUCCAUCGGUACCGGAGAGGACGGACCUACACAUCAGCCGAUCGCGCUUGCAGCGCUGUACCGUGCCAUGCCCAAUGUCCUUUACAUGCGACCUUGCGACUCUGAGGAGGUUGCUGGUGCGUUCGAAGUCGCGAUCAAGGCAACAGAAACCCCCAGCAUCAUCUCUCUUUCUCGUCAAGUGCUGCCUCAGUGGGAUCAGUCGUCUCGCCAGGGUUUCGCCAAGGGAGCAUACGUCUUCGUCGAGGAGGACGACUUCGAUGUCACCCUCAUCAGCACUGGCUCCGAGAUGGUUUUCGCCAUGCAGACACGCGACAUUUUGAAGGAGAAAUACAACAUCACCGCACGCGUUGUCUCAUUCCCUGUACCUCGCCUGUUCGAGCAACAGUCUCGCGAGUACAAACAGUCAGUUCUCAAGUCGAAGGCUGGCAAGCCUGCGGUUGUCGUCGAAGCAUAUGCGGCAAACGGCUGGGAGCGCUAUGCGGAUGCAGCCUUCUCGAUGCGCAGGUUUGGGAAGAGCUUGCCUAGCAAGAGUGCAUACAAGUACUUUGGCUUCGAGCCUGAGAUCAUGGCGCCGAAGAUUGAGGAGCUGGUCAAGGAAGUGCAGCGCGAUAGCAUUGAGGUUCUGAGGGGCGACUUCAGGGAUCUCAAUGGAGCUCUGGGUAUUGGUUUUAAGCACUGAGUUUAGAGCUGGUA